ACUGUGGCCGGGGCACUCCAGCGCCCACAACAACCUGGGCACACUUCUUAACGACACCUCGGAGGCCGAGAACCACUUCCGGAUGGCCCUGAAGGCCCACCCACACCACGCCCACGCCUACUACAACUUGGCCAACCUCAGACAGCAGCAGGGUCGCAUGGUGGAGGCGGUGACGCUGCUGGAGGAGAGUCUACGCCACGAUGCAACCAACAGGGAUGCCGUGUCGGCCCUGGCUGGGCUCUACAGCGAGGCCGGACGCUCUACGGAGGCCGAGAGCCUCCACCUGGCACUGUUAGCUGCCCGGCCCUCAGACCCGGUGGUCCACAACAACUACGCCGCCUUCCUCCAGAAGAUCG